GUUUUAGGCUCCAAAUGUAAGAAAUGUUGGUAUUCUUGCUCUCUGAGAGAGUCUUUAGUUACUUGGUUGUCUGUAAAUUGAGCAGCUUUUUAUUUCUUAAUGUUUAAAUGUAAUUGAAUGGCUGAGAGGUGGUGUAUUAUCUGCAGCUCCACCCAUAUCAGGCACUAUAGGCCACCAAGUCGCUAGGAGGGCACCAAUCAGACGUAUAAAACAAUUCUGAUGCAUAACGGGUGAAUAUGAAUGUCACAUGUGUUCAUUUCAAACAAUGCAAAGGGCGGUGUUAAUCAGCCUCUUAAAAAGUUUAUCGGACUGUUAGCCCUUCUGCGUGUGUGGAGUCUGUGUAGAGUCGAAGGCUAAACCUAACCCGAACAUUCAAAAUUUCAGAAAAUCAAAGUUUUGUUCAAUAUUCUAGACUGAAAGUGUCACUUUGAUCAGCUGAUGAUUCCAGAACACCUGCAGCGGGUUCCUGAGCCUUUAGAUGGUCUCUCAGUCUGAGCUGGAUUACUGACAUGAGUGGGCUUUUGCACCAGAUUCGCGUUUUUCCAGGUUCACCUGUAUGUGAGUGUACAGCUGAACCAGUAGAGGGUGUGGUUAUAUUCCAAAGAACUGGGUCUUCAUGUAAAGUAGCACGUCCUGCUGGGAAGUCUUGAACCUCGAUUUAUCAUUUGGUUUUGACCCAAAACAGAUGGCUCCAUUUACUAUAGUGAUGUGUCGGUCGCAAACGAACGGGCUCUAAGAGCCGGCUCUUUGAAGUGAACGACGGGAGCCGGCUCAUCAUUGGGAGCCGUCCCCUCCCCCCCUGCGUUGGUGAAAGCUACAGGCGAUUGAUCAACAUGUGUAACUGUGUGUCCAGACUGUCCACACACAGAGCAGUAGGGGCGGGGAAGAGGGAGGAUCAGACUCAGACAGACACACAGCAGAGCACAUGCGGGUGGAGGGAGACGAGAGGGAAUGAGGAGGAAAAAGGCGAGCGAGAGAGAGGAAAGUGCGACAAAGACGGUGAGAAAAUGAGCGCCAGCAGUCGGAAAGUGGAGAUUUCUUAAAGUGUUCAGUUAUUAAAUCCAUAGAAAUGAUAAAUAUUUGAUAUAUUGCUUUUAUUUUUUACAUUAGUAAAUUAUUUUACAUAUGUUUAGGAUUUUUUGGUCAUAAAUGUACUCUACGCAACAGAAAAUCUGAGGAGCCACUUGGGAGCCUAAAGAGCCGACUCUUUUUGGUGAGCUGAGCCAAAAGAACCGGCUCUCUAAAAAGAGCUGCAAUUCCCAUCACUAAUUGACUAAACAUCUUAAAAAUGGCGCGCGAGCGCCCCCCAGUGGCCUAACAUAUAUGUCGAUGGGCCCAACAUCCGCUGCUUCUGUCUAUUAUCCAAACAGCGGGUUUUCAAAUGCUCACAUGACCUUUGUGAUGCUACAUCAGGUGAGUUAAGAUGUAUAUUUAUAUAUAGGUGAUGUGAAAUCCCAUAUUGAACAAAAUGAUGGAUAAUUAACCCAUCAUAUUUUCCAACCAGAAGUACUGUUGAACGCGCUCCCCAAACCACGUGACACGUUUCCAUAGUUACGUCACAUCGCCUCCACCAUCUCGAAGGCAACCCGCCGCUGGCUCCCUCUCACUUGCUGUCAGAUUAGAGUUUAAUCCAAGGAGGAGGAGGAGGCACUCGCAGGACCUCCACAGAGAACGGGUUCCUGCAGCUCCUGCUGUCACCCCCCUUUACGUGCGGCCGGCGGCUCCAAGAUGAAACCCAAGUCCUUCGGUUCUGGUUCUGCUCCUCCGGCUCUCGGACACUUUAAGAUGUUAGCUGGCUAACUAGCUGGAAAAGAGUAACUAAAGCCGAUUAGCCGCUAACGGCAGCCUCCCUCCGGGUCAUAGAUUUAGGAACUAAUUAGCGAACGGGUGCGUGUUGUUGUUCGGACGCGGUGGGAGUCACGACAGGCUGCACGCGCUGUUAAUGUUGGUGUUGGCUAGUUUUUUUUAUCAGCUCGUCGGUCUGUGGCGAAAGUGGAUGUUUGAUUUUUCAUGGUUUGAAAGCGUAACGACUAAAGAGCUGUGACUUUGUCCCGGAGUCUGGACAGGGGACAGGGACAGGUCUGAGCUACAGCCUGCGGUGUGUCCAACGAGACAAGAUGUCAGGAAAAGACAAAGACAAGGAGAAACAGUCCACCACGGAGCGGCUGAUUAAAGCAGUGCCAUACCCUCCACAGCAUAAGCUGAGUAUGAAAGAACUUUUUGAAGAUGGCAAGCCCAAUCCUGAGCUGCUCCGUAACCACCUGGUCAAAGAGGGCAGAGUGGAGGAAGACGUCGCUCUGAAGAUUGUCAACGACGGGGGAGCCAACAUCCUCCGUCAAGAGAAGUGCAUGCUGGAAGUGGAGGCGCCUAUAACAGUAUGUGGUGACGUCCAUGGACAGUUUUUUGACCUCAUGAAGUUAUUUGAAGUGGGCGGUUCACCUAGUAACACACGGUAUCUCUUCCUCGGUGACUAUGUGGAUCGAGGAUACUUCAGCAUUGAGUGUGUUCUCUACCUCUGGUCUCUCAAAAUCAACCACCCAACAACACUCUUCCUCCUGCGUGGGAACCAUGAGUGCCGGCACCUCACAGAGUACUUCACCUUCAAGCAGGAAUGUAAAAUCAAAUAUUCUGAGCGGGUUUAUGACGCCUGUAUGGAAGCCUUUGACUGCCUGCCCCUCGCCGCUCUGCUUAACCAGCAGUUCCUGUGUGUACACGGGGGGCUCUCACCAGAAAUAAACUGCUUAGAUGACAUAAGAAAGUUAGACAGAUUUAAAGAGCCGCCAGCAUUUGGGCCCAUGUGUGACCUGAUUUGGGCUGACCCCGGUGAGGACUACGGCAGUGAAAAAACAUCUGAACACUUCAACCAUAAUUCUGUUAGAGGCUGCUCCUACUUUUUCAGUUAUUCAGCCGUCUGUGACUUUUUGGUAAAUAACAACUUGCUUUCAGUAAUAAGAGCCCAUGAAGCUCAGGAUGCUGGGUAUCGGAUGUACAGAAAAAGCCAGACCACAGGGUUCCCUUCAUUAAUUACUAUAUUUUCAGCUCCCAAUUACCUAGAUGUCUACAACAAUAAAGCUGCUGUAUUAAAAUAUGAGAACAACGUGAUGAACAUCCGACAGUUCAACUGCUCCCCCCACCCCUACUGGUUACCCAACUUCAUGGAUGUCUUCACGUGGUCUUUGCCUUUUGUUGGAGAAAAAGUGACGGAGAUGCUGGUGAACGUACUGAACAUCUGCUCAGACGACGAGCUCAUGUCAGAAGUAGACGACUUGUAUGAAGGUGGUUCCUCAGCAAUGCGCAAGGAGGUCAUCCGAAACAAGAUUCGUGCUGUGGGGAAGAUGGCCCGCGUCUUCUCAGUUCUCAGGGAGGAAAGUGAGAGUGUGCUAACACUGAAAGGCCUGACUCCAACUGGAACUCUUCCUGUGGGAGCUUUGUCAGGAGGAAAGCAGACCCUCCAGACUGCUACCAUUGAAGCAGCUAAAGCUAAAGCCAUUCAAGGCUUCUCUCCCACAAGGAAGAUUCGGAACUUUGAGGAGGCCCGAGGCCUGGACCGGAUAAACGAGAGGAUGCCGCCGCGCAAAGAUGGCAAGCAGCCAGACGGCACCACCAUCAGCACCAACUCCCCCAACAACAACGGCACUGAUGGAUAAGCAGUUAAAUUGACUCAGACAGGAGGCCCCGGCGCUGGAAAAACAAACAGGAUGUGCUGCUCCAGGAAAAUCUGAUCUUAUUUAUGAAAGUUUAUUAGAUUAACUGUUGAAUAGUUACGAACACUUUGAUUUGAUGAAACGUGAUCGUUGUACCGACACGACUGAAAAAAGAACUUUUAUGAGAUGUUUGUUUGUUAUUCAAGAGUUUUAGUGACCUUAAGGUUGUUUUUUAUUGUAGUUCUUUCUGGUUUUAAGAGAAACGACCAACUUCUGUAGCCUCGAGCCCAGAGGCGUGUGAGGCUCUACAGACCGUGGUACGUUUACUUGUCAGAGGAAAGCUUAGUGAUGUGCUUGAAAAGCUGAAAACAAUGAAAUAAGGGAAGAAUUUUUUUAGAAUUAAAGGGAUUAUUAAAUCAUUUUAUACUCAAAGCAGAACUCCUAAAAGAUUAAAAGUCCUAUUAAUACAUUUCCAGUGCAUUCCUAAAAAUGCUGAAUGUUGUUUUUUUUACUUCCAGAGAAAAAGUUUCCUGGUAAAUGAUGGAUUAAUGCUUAGUGUGGUUUUUGUCCCUGUCUCCUGGUUUGGACUUCAUCUGAUGGCAGCUUGGAAGUUCUUGCUUCUAGGAACUAGAAGUGAUGAUGGUCCUUAUCAAAAACGCUGAAUAAAACCAGCCCAACAAGCCGGGAGUUCUCCCACAUCCCCGGUGGAUCCAGCAGCUGCAGAUUAAGCUGACUUCUGGGUCGGAGGACUUGAAGGAGAUGAGACAACCAACUUUUGCUAAAGAAACCAGAUUUUUGCGAUUGUCUUAUGAAGCGGGGGACUAAUCAGAACAGACUGGUGUUCAUGGUUUGAUAAGAAGCAACCGUGUUUUCUACAGAAUCGUAGCAGUUUGGUGGUUUUUCCUGAAACACUAAAAACCUGGUUUGACGUUUUGAGGUUUUCUUUUGUCUCGGUGUUCCCGUCCACACAGUGUGCUGAUUGUUUUUACUUCGUAGCCAUGAAUAUUAAACAGGAGAAUCGUUAGAAAUGGCAGCACUCAGAUGGUGCCAGACACAAUGGACUGAGUCAUUCCUCCUAGUGGGAUGAUGAUGAUGAUGAUGCUAUAAAAGGUUCCACCUCCACACUUACAGCUGUCUGUCAGAGCAUCUAAUCACACAUCACACCAUCUCAGGCUCAGCUCACUCAGACAUGUCCCACCGUGGUGGGGAGUACUGACACCUGCUGCUUUUAGAGGUCCUCCUUAUACUCCCAGCCCUUUAACACCUGCUUUUGCUGCAGGAUGUAAAACUGGUGCUCUGACACGCCUCGCUGUAACCCGCUAACUUCAUGUCAGCGUAGGAAGACAAAUCAGCGUUAGGACGCGCUGUUCUCGUAAAUGUAUUCUUGUUUCAUAAGAUAAAAACAUGUGCCAUGCCAUCUGAGCCGCACAUGUUAAGAUCUGUGUGUGUGUGUGUGAUAGUGUGUUUGCACAUGUGAGUGUGUGUGUUUGAGGAUGUGUGAUAGUGUGUGUGCACAUGUGAGUGUGUGUGUUUGAGGAUGUGUGAUAGUGUGUGUGCACAUGUGAGUGUGUGUGUUUGUGAGGAUGUGUGAUAGUGUGUGUGCACAUGUGAGUGUGCGUGUGAGGUUGUGUGGUGAGUGUGUGUGUUUGUGAGGAUGUGUGAUAGUGUGUGUGCACAUGUGAGUGUGUGUGUUUGUGAGGAUGUGUGAUAGUGUGUGUGCACAUGUGAGUGUGUGUGUUUGUGAGGAUGUGUGAUAGUGUGUGUGCACAUGUGAGUGUGUGUGUUUGUGAGGAUGUGUGAUAGUGUGUGUGCACAUGUGAGUGUGUGUGUUUGUGAGGAUGUGUGAUAGUGUGUGUUUGCACAUGUGUGUGUGUGUGCACAUGUGAGUGUGUGUGUUUGUGAGGAUGUGUGAUAGUGUGUGUGCACAUGUGAGUGUGUGUGUGAGGAUGUGUGAUAGUGUGUGUUUGCACAUGUGUGUGUGUGUGUGUGUGUGUGUUUGUGAGGAUGUGUGAUAGUGUGUGUGCACAUGUGAGUGUGUGUGUGUAAGGUUGUGUGAUAGUGUGUGUUUGCACAUGUGAGUGUGUGUGUUUGAGGAUGUGUGAUGGUGUGUGUGCACAUGUGAGUGUGUGUUUGUGAGGAUGUGUGAUAGUGUGUGUGUGCACAUGUGAGUGUGUGUUUGUGAGGAUGUGUGAUAGUGUGUGUGCACAUGUGAGUGUGUGUGUGAGGUUGUGUGAUAGUGUGUGUUUGCACAUGUGAGUGUGUGUUUGAGGAUGUGUGAUAGUGUGUGCGUGCACAUGUGAGUGUGUGUUUGUGAGUAUGUGUGAUAGUGUGUGCGUGCACAUGUGAGUGUGUGUGUGUGAGGUUGUGUGAUAGUGUGUGUUUGCACAUGUGAGUGUGGGUGUUUGAGGAUGUGUGAUAGUGUGUGUGCACAUGUGAGUGUGUGUGUGUGUGAGGUUGUGUGAUAGUGUGUUUGCACAUGUGAGUGUGUGUGUUUGAGGAUGUGUGAUAGUGUGUGUGCACAUGUGAGUGUGUGUGUUUGUGAGGAUGUGUGAUAGUGCGUGUGCACAUGUGAGUGUGUGUGUUUGUGAGGAUGUGUGAUAGUGUGUGUGCACAUGUGAGUGUGUGUGUGAGGUUGUGUGAUAGUGUGUGUGCACAUGUGAGUGUGUGUUUGUGAGGGUGUGUGAUAGUGUGUGUGCACAUCUGAGUGUGUGUUUGUGAGGAUGUGUGAUGGUGUGUGCACAUGUGAGUGUGUGCGAGUCCCUGUGUGCACGUGAGUAGGCCUGAGACGAUAACAAAUUUAGCUGGACGAUAUAUUGUCCAACAACUUAUUGACAAUAUUUGAUAUUGUUGUGGCCAUCGAGACCAAAAUGGUCACAUAUGUAAUUUUAAUAUAUCAUAAUGAUGCAAGGACACCUUUAACCUUUAUUUUACUUAAGUUACGCAUUUGUAAUGAAACGUCUGAGCUCCGUUUGUUUCCUUUGAGGUCGCAUAGAUCUACGUUAUUGAUUGUAGAGAAUUUCUGAAAAUGCCGAUCUCUAGCCUCCUUCAGGUUAUCCUGUAAGUUCCCCUGUAUCCUUGUUCCUUUCAUCCAUCCUUUCGACUCUUCUGCUUCACUUGCAGCUGCAGUGAGUCAUACACCAAAAAUGGUGCUAAGGGGGUGUGGUUAAUAUGCAGGUCAUGUAUCUGACACAGACCGCCAAAUCGAGGCGGGAAAAAUUAUUCAUUUCAUUUUUAUCUAUCGUACGAUUUAUUGAUUUAUUGAUUAUCGUCCCAGCCCUACACGUGAGUGAGUGUGUGUUUGUGAGGAUGUGUGUUAGUGUGUGAAUCCAGCCAGGAGGGUCAGUCAGCAUCAAUAAUACCCUUCAGUCACUUUAAGGUUUCCAUGGUGAUGUUUUAGUGAAAUAAGGUGUUUGGGCGAGCCGUACAGUGAACCUGUCGGGUCUUAAAAUGUUCAUCUUAUCAAAUCUGAAACCCUAAAGGUGAAAAGCUGCCGUGGAACCUCCACUUGUAUCGCUCUGAGGGAAAGACUAUGGUCAUUUAUUCAGCUUGUACCAUGUUGACUCAUUAAAGUUGUUUCUGAAACCGUC